UCCUACUCUUACAGGAACCCUGCCAGGAAGAAGAUGCAGCUGCAGUCACCAUUUGGGGGCGACGCGUACAACACCGAUGAGUUCGAGCAGGCGGAUCCGGAGUCCUAUUCCAAGGAGUACGGGCUCUCGUUCGGCAUCAGCCACUCGAUCAGCACCGAGGACGGAAUUCUUACUACCAUAUCAAUCUCGACAUCCACAAUCCUCCACACAUCACUGGUACAUACACUUCCAGGUGCUUCAGUUCCAAGCCUUGCCAUGCUGAGCUCGAUGUCUCUGGUGCAUGCCAGCUUAGGUGCACAUCAGGUGUUUGAGGAAUUGUCAUCCUGCACCGACAACGUCUUCAACAAUAGCAUCGGCUUCACACCCGCGCUCAUGGCUUAUGGUAUUGAUAUUCGUGUAAUCCAUGCUAUCAAGUCAAGAAGAAGUCCUGUUGGUAAGGUACUGACAAUUCUUCAAGCGAACUCUUUAUCCUCUAAGGAAGUUGAGAGGCGAUCAUGCAUUUCCUUGGAGGAAUUCAUAUGUAAUUACUUUUCGUGCGACACCCCCAUCAUAAUUAGUGGCACCAUCGAUCAUUGGCUUGCAAGGACAAAAUGGAAUGACAUUGAGUACCUCAAGGAGAUCGUUGGAGAUCAUAUUUUCGCUGUUGAAGUUGGGAAAAAUUACGUGUGUCGUGAGUGGAAGCAGGAGCUGAUCACAUUUUCUCAGUUGCUGGAUAGAAUGACGUCAAUUGUCUGUUCAUCAAACUUGACAUAUUGUGCUCAGCAUCCAUGGUUUGAGCAGUUAAAAGAGCUCAGUGAAUACAUGAUGGUUACCGAAUGUUGUUAUGCUGGUGCAGGGGAACUCCAAUCACUUAAUGCUUGGUUUGGUCCAGAGGAGACAGUGGCACCAUUGCACCAUGAUCCACAUCACAACAUCUUAGCUCAGGUCUUGGGCAAGAAGUAUAUUAGAUUCUAUCGUGCUGUCAUAGCUGGGGACUCGUAUCCACACACAGCGACUAUGCUAAGCAGUACCAGUCAGGUAGACCUUGACAACAUUGAUUUGAAGGAGUUUCCAACGGUUGAAAGCCUGGAAUUCAUUGACUGCAUAUUGGUAGAGGGCGACCUGCUUUACAUCCCUACUAAAUGGUGGCACUACGUCAGAUCUCUUCCCACCAGUUUCUCGGUUAGCUUUUGGUGGCACUACAAGGUUGUUGACUACUAG